AUCUGUACUCUUCACACACACCAGAAUAACCGUCAUCUCAUGCCGCGCGUCUUUAUUACUGUGUAGCAUUUGGAUGUUUUGUUUCCGAUCAGAUCACGUGGGUGUAUUUUUGUUUUAAGUGUGAACGCAUGAGUUAGUGCAGAUAUUCCGGAUAGGCCUGUCCACAGCUCGCACCGUCGCAAAACUUCAGGUACGGAAGAGCAACUAGUGUGCAGCCAUGACCUUUUAUUACACGCCAUGUAGCGACUCUGAGGACUGUUUUCACAUCUGUGGAGUUUAAACCCAUCCCCUUCAGAGCUCGGACAAGGUUUGGUUUGAUUUGGUUUGGUUUGAUCACAGCUCGCUCUUUUUGUUUUUGUUUAGGGCCCAAAACAAACAGCGCGUUCGAAACAACAAACAAACAGACAGAGAGAGAAAACAAAACGCGCACACACACACACACACAUGGGGCCCAAACAGAGCAGUCCGGCGGCUGGUUCUCGCCUCAGGGCUUAUUCAGGUUCGGAUGUUCCCACUUCCACCAGCACAGCCGCCGCCGGUUCUGGGAGCGCGAGCGCAGCGGCGAUUCGGUACUACAACACCGGAAACCAGCAGCAGGUCGGCGCGCGCGGUCGGUACCCGACGGACGGUGCGAGACCCAACUCGCUUUUUCAGCCCACCAUCAUAGCGCAGAGUAGCGGGACUCAAAGCGACGAGGACGGGGAGCUAAGCCAUUCCGGUCCGAGAUUACUGAUCGGAUCGUUACCGGCCCACCUGUCCCCUCACCUGCUCGGAGCUGGAUUCAACUGUCCUGUGUGUUCGAAGUUUGUUGCUUCAGAUGAAAUUGACCUUCACCUUGUCAUGUGUCUCACCAAACCAAGACUCACCUAUAACGAAACCAAACCAGUUGAACAUGGUGGAGGUGGUGUCCCUCAUGCAGUGAAGGAGGGUAUCUGAUGACUCUGCAGGACUGGUGCUCAGGCUCUGUUUUGAACUCUUUAACAUCACCUUUAUUAACUCCAGCGAUGAUUUCAGAGGUGUAAUCGCACCAUCACCAACAAGACUUGAGCUGUUCCCCUUCCCUCAGGGCCACAAAUGAACCAAUGACGCAUGCGCGCGUACACUUCAUGAUAUCGCAAAAAAGUAGGAGUGUUGCAGUUUGAAGUGUCUUGUGGUAUGAUGACCUCAUCUUUUUAUGGCGGGGGAGAUUAGCAGCGUCAUGUUCUUUGUGUAUGAUCAAAUUACAAAGUGGGGGGGGGAAGCACACUAAACAGUACCAGUCCUUGUAGCCUGGGUAAGUGUACACCUUUUGCAUAUUUAGUAUCUCGAAUGGUGCAUGUAGUGAACAUUUUACACUUUGCUCUAAAAGGUGAUUACAUUCUAAUUAUGUACCUUUUUUUUACAUUUUUUCUUCAGAAGAACUUUUUUAAAUAUCCAUUUCCAGGUGAAAGACGCAUAUAAAAUGCACCAAUAAUAAAGGUCGCAAUGUAAAGAUGUAUGGAGGCAGUGAUGUAAUGUGUUUACAGCAGUAGCUGAUUACACAGCCAGAGGGUUUUCAGUGCAGUCACGUCCCCUGUGCAAAGAAACGGAGGUUGCUGUGUUUGACUGACAAAGCUCUGAGUUUGUGAUCUUUUGCCAAGGAAAAAUGAAACCCAUUUACAACACUGAAUUCCUACUUGGAACCUUAAGAUGGUCCUCUCCACCCUGUUUAGCACAUGAUGUCCUCAACACUAAGCAAAGUAGCACUGUUUUUACUUUUAAAUGUGUGUGUGUGUGUGUGUGUGUGUGUGUGUGUGUGUACACACGUAUUUGCUUUAGAUCAAGCAACAUGCAGACAUUAACAUGUUAAAUCAUUGAUUUCUAUCCACAUUCACUGGAUAUGAGCAAUCGCGCACUCUGGCUACUCUACUACUAGGAUAUCCGCUCCUAUACCAUGAGGAGAGACCAGCAAAACAGCAGAGCAUGUUGCUGAACUAACCGAGGGUGAAAUAAAAACUUGACUUGAAAACAAAACCCCAAAAAUUGAAACAGAAAUGGCUAAGAUGUGUUUUUUUUUUUUUUUUCCUGUUCCACAUGCCAGCCCAGUUGGUGGUGGUAAUGCAGCUUUAAGUUGGUUUGCCAACCACCAAAAAAACCCUGAAGUUAUCUCUAGCCGCUUUAUCCUGUUCUACAAGGUCGCAGGCAAGCUGGAGCCUAUCCUAGCUGACUAUGGGUGAAAGGCGGGGUACACCCUGGACAAGUCGCCAGGUCAUCACAGGGUCGACACUUAGACACAGACAACCAUUCACACUCACAUUCACACCUACGCUCAAUUUAGAGUCACCAGUUAACCUAACCUGCAUGUCUUUGGACUGUGGGGGAAACCGGAGCACCCGGAGGAAACCCACGCGGACACGGGGAGAACAUGCAAACUCCAAACAGAAAGGCCCUCGCUGGCCACGGGGCUCAAACCCGGACCUUCUUGCUGUGAGGCGACAGCGCUAACCACUACACCACCGUGCCGCCCACACUUUUUUUUUUUUUCUUCAAGAAUGGUAGCAUUUUUUUUUCCCCACACAUUGCUACCGUCAUUUUGCUGAUUUUGUCUGACGUUUUGUAUAAAGUUAUUGUUUAUCGAAUUUGCAAAAAAUAAAAAUGCUCUUUUCUCAAAAUUCAGUGAGAUGUGGAUAGAAUAAAACAGAUGCACCUCGUCAGCUAUCGGCUCAUAUACUUGAUUUCGUGAAAUAACUGUUAAAUAUACAGUUAAUUGUUUUGAGGAGGUAAAUAUACCUCACUCAAAACGGUGAGCUUACUAGAUUGUAGCUAACGAAAGGGAACAUGGAGGCGUCCGUGUUCUUUCUGCCACUUUGUAGCUCAAACACACGGAGGUUGAAAAUGACAAUGUUCUAAACUCCCAUUUCUGCAAGAAGUUGAAUACAGCAUAUGAUUUUAGAGCGAAUCCAGAGGGAGCCGGUUAUAAAAUCUUAUCCCAGUUGCAGUAAGGUACAAAAGAGAACAGUUGGAAUAAGGAACAUCAGUUUAAAAAAAAAAAAAAAUUUUAUUUAUUAUUGACCAAGUAAUGUCUGUUCCUUUAUGACUUUAGAGGAUGUCUUGAUGAAGGACUCUGGGGAGUGUGCGAUAUGUUUGGAUGACCUGAUCCAAGGAGACACCAUUGCCAGACUGCCCUGCCUCUGCAU